GGCGUCACACUUUGACAGUUGUUGACACGACCAGCUGACGUUCAACUGAUUGUAGGUUAUUAGAAAAUCGUGGGUCCGUUUUAAUUCCGCAAUGAUUAAAUGCCUAAUUUGUGUGUAAAAAUUGGAGGUACCCUCACCCCAAGAGUUGAUAAAAUCAUGUCGAGUACAUGUACCCAUUGCUCCGAUGAUAGUUGAGUCCUCGAGGAAACGGCAAGUAUUAUGAUUAAAGAGUGUAGGGCAUCGCCUAUUUCACCAAAGAAACUCUACGUUCUUAAAAAUGGAUGAGACCAACUGUCAGCAAGGUGAAGAUGUUGUGGCGGCCUUGGGAUCCUCGCAAGUGUCACCAGGUCAUGUGUUCCCUGGCCUUCGCCCUGACGCAGCGUCUCCCGCUCCUGCUCCUGAUUCAUCAGCUUUCGAAACUGCUCUGGAGUUGAUAAAUGGAACACCUCAAGGUUCACCAAACUCUGACGAGCAUGCAGUGGCUGCUGUCGACAAAAAUUUAAAUCCAGCGGAAAACGAGGUUCGCAGAAUUCGAGAUCAUUUCGACUCUAGGGGUUCGACUGGCAAUCCCCCUCGUAGAUCGUCCCUCUCUGAAGACAGCAGGCUAGUCAAAAUCUCACUGCCGACCAAUUCCAUAAACCUCAUCCAGACGAAUGCCCAGUUCCUCAACAAAAGUCGAAAUUUCUUGAAUUUCAUAACUGAGAAAUCGACGAAUAUCAUGGAGAAGGCGUUGUUACCUCAACAUAUUGCGGCUCGAUAUGGUGGGAAUGACAAAAAGAGACUGCACGACUUGGAUGCUAUUAAAUUUGGGUCGAUGCAGAACAUUGUCACUGGCAAGUUACCUGAAGCCCCCAAUAGCAAUGGAACGGAUAAUUCAGAUGAAAUCACUGUGGACCCUUCAAAUUCAGGGAAAAAUAGCACUUCCACUCAAGAUCUGUCCGCAUUAUCGUUGCAUGUUGAUUCUUCGAUGACUAAUGGUGAAACUAAACCUGAAAACGUUCAAAGUAAUGGGGAAGCCGUCUCGAGUCUCCCCCAUUCGGAACUAAUGAGAGAAGACAAAUGGAUUUUAGUCGAGAGAAUAAAACAGUUGGAGGAGCGAAAUCGCAAGUUGGAGGAGGAGAAUGAUCCAAUCGAAAUUGAAAAUCGAGAAAGGACUGUUGAACGUUUGACGACGGAACUACGGAUGGCGAUGAUAACUCAGGAAGAAUUGAAGAGAGAUUAUGCUGCCGCUAACAGAGAGAGGGAAAGCAUGGUGAUGAAAUUUGCGGUUGGGGAGAAACAAUUGAUUGAUACACAAAGAGCGAGGGACGCAGCUGAGAAGAGGGUGAAGGAUUUGACGAGAGAUAACGAAUUGCUUCAGAAUAAAUUGAAACAGGCAUUGGGCGAACGGACAAGAAUCUGUGGAAUAUUAGACACAAAAUGUAAAGAGCUAGUCGAAUGUCAGAAAGAAUUUGAGAGGCUCAAGGAGGAUGUCAAUGUCAAGGACGUAAAAUUGAAGUGGUCACAAACUAAAUUGAAAACAGAAAUGGAAAUGCUGAAAGAGACGCAGCAGAAGUUGGACAAAGCAAUGGCAAGGAUUAACGAGAUGAAGGACGAGUGUGAACAGGUGCGUCGUGAUUCCCAAGAGACCAUACGUCAAUUCCAACGCUCGGAGGAGAACAAAGCGGUAACCCUUGAUCAGCAAUUGAAAGAGCAGCAGGCACGACUUAUUCUCGAGCGCCAUGUGACAGAGGAUAAAGAAAUGCUACGAUCGCAACUGGAGAAAGAAGUAGAAUCCCUGAAGAAUCGACAGCAAGUUCUUAUCGAGGAGAACAAUUCGUUGAGUCUGAAAAUUCAGGACUUGGAGAAGGAAAGAUUGAUGUAUGAAAAUAAUUUGAGCAACCUGAAGAUCAUUGCUGACCAGAGGCAGAAGGAAAUCGUUGAUCUGACUGCCAAAAUUUCACAUUUGGAGACACUGAAACUUCAACUUAUUCACAAAGAACAAUGCCUGGCCUCGAAGGAAGCAGAAGUCGAGCGUCUACGUCUCGUUAAUCAAGAUUUACAAACAGAUAUGGAUUGCUGUAGACAGAGUGAAGCCCACAUGUUGGAAUUCACUGAAAAAUUGACAGAUAAAAAUGUCCGACUUCAGUCUGAAUUCACAGCAAUAGAGGCCAAGGCAAAUCAGCUAGAAAAGGAACAGGGACCAUUGCGAGAGAGUAUCACUGGGCUGAAAUCCAAAGUGAAGUCGUUGGAAGUAUGUCUUGCACUAGAAACCAGCAAAAGAAUUGAAGAGUGUGAAAUAUUGGCUAGGCAUCUGGCUGAGCAAACGCAGUUGGCGCAAAAUUUAUCCCAAAAGCUUGAGGACAGCCAGGGAGAGAACUUAGUACUUAAAAGGAAGCAUCAGGGAUCCAUCAAAGAAAUGACUCGAGAGCUACAACAAUGCAGGAAGAAGCUCGAGUCUUAUGAAGCAUCUUCACCAACCAAAUCCUUCGAUCAAACUCCUAGAACCUCUUCUAACACUUCAUUGAAUGCAGCUGAUCAUUUGAACGGGGUUUCGUCGUCGGAAAAUAGCACCAAUGGAGAAUUGCCUUCGCCUUAUAACGAUUUAGAUAAGAACUCGUUGAUUGACAGACUCCUGAAAAUGCAGAGAGUCAACGUCAGACGAGCGGAGAAGCUCGACUUCCUGGAGGAACACACCAGGGCUCUCGUCACUGAACUUCAGAAGAAAACUAAAAUUAUACAGAAUUAUAUUUUGCACGAAAAUUUUGAUGCCAUGGGGAGCAAUGAGCGAGAUAGAUAUAAGAAUUUGAAGAGCAAAAGGAAUGCCGCGGAAUUAGCCAGACACGGUGGAAUAAUGGCAUCUGUUUAUAAUCACCGAGUGUCCGAUGACAACAUGACGCUGGAAUUGUCUUUGGAGAUCAAUCAGAAGCUGCAGGCAGUACUUGAGGAUGCAUUGUUGAAAAAUAUUACUUUAAAGGACAACAUCGACACCCUGGGUGAAGAAAUUGCUCGAUUAUCUAUAAAAAAUCAACAGUUACAAAAAUCAACGAAAUGAUGAACGGAAAAUCAGACAAAAUACUGAUCCAGACAUAAGUAUUAAAAGAAAGUAACUUCCAAAUGAAAAAGAAAUCGAGUCUUCAGCAGAAGCUACGAAUGAGCGCAGGCAAGACGAAGACAAAGUAUUGACAGAGCUAUUUUAUUUGAUAUCUAAUUUAUUUUUAUUUCCCUUUUAUUUUUAACUACCUUUACUUUGCUGAAAGAUAUUUUUUAUAUUAUGUAUGUAACGAAGUAGGGUCACAGUGAAUUCAUACGUACUUACCUUGUAUAUUUUUGGUGCUCUCAAUGAUUUGUCAUUCCCUCUAACUUAAUAAUUCUUCAAUAUCUACUUAUUUCGUAAUUACGUAGUCAAAAAUUACUGUGUAUUCGUUGGCCUCAUUGAUAAACACACCACCACUGAUGUACUCAACAGUGUAUAUGUAUUAAAAAGGAAAUAUGUAUAUUGUACGUUAUAUUGGAUUAUAAAUACAACAGCUUCGCAAGGAUAAUACGAAGAAAGAGGAAUAAAUUCCAUGUUGAACAAUU